AUGGCCGAAUCCCAUCUAUCCCAAAACAAACUACUACAACUACUGGACGUCUUUAGAGACUUUACGGAAUUAGGCAGGGUUACGCAGCAAAUGACUGAGAAGUUUACAGCACAGCUUGCGUACCAGACUACAACGCUUACAAGCGCCUCCCAACAAGCUACAAAGACACUAAAGAAAGCUGUUAAUGCCGCAACCGGACCACAAAACCCAAAUAACCAAGAAAAACCAAACACCCAGAACACCCAGAACACCCAAAACACCCAAAACAAGACAUCAUACGCUAGCGUAGCCGCCCAGAACAACGGAAACACAUGGACUACAGUGUCUACAAAAAAGAAGACAAACAAAAAGCCAGCAAGCUACUACCAAGCAGUCCUUACGCUUACCCAGCCUACGUCCCACACACCACUCCAGAUUAGAGACUUAAUCAACGAAGAGUUCACAAAGGGCGGCAUCAAAGACCCAGUAGUGAAGGAAGUAACAACAAGUAGAAAGAACAAUAUUAUCCUAACAACCACUCCAACCUACUCAGGAGAAUACCUAGUCCAACACAAGCAUAUAUGGCAUCAAAAGUUUGAGCUAAAGAAUGAGGGAGCAGAGACACUAGAGAUACUCCACACAGAAAUCCCAGCAUACAACAACGGACUACAAAUUACUGGCAACCCAUACUAG